AGCGUGAGGGGAAUUUCCAUCUACCAGGCUCCGUGUCCAGCUGGCGCACUCAGCACCGGGCGUGUCUGGGGUCUGGGGCCACCAAACAAACUGGGGUGGGCGGCCCGGUGUCUGGCGGCGCCCGGCUGAGUUACAGUGUCAUGCCCAGUGUCGUACAGUGGUCUGCCGCCGGUCGGGGAGGACUGCCGCUCCGCACACAGUGCCCGUCGCGACCCGCACCGCCCCACGGACCGAGGGACGACCCGCGGCACCGAGUGGCCCGACCGACCAGUGCAGCCUGCAGAGGACGGACGGCAGCGGCACACCGUGGUGUGGUGGACGCUCAGGGAGAGCGCACGGGCCCCAGGACGUCUCGGUCGUCAGAGCCGACUACGGCAGCGAGCGGAGACCUCAGCGGCGCGCAGUCUACUGACCGUCUCCGUCAGCCACACAGCCGGACAACAUGACGAAGGAGCAGACAGGGUUCCUGUCCAACUUCCUGGCGGGCGGCGUGGGCGGCGCCUGCGCCAUCGUCUCCGGCUUCCCGCUGGACACCAUCAAGGUGCGGCUCCAGACCAUGCCAAAUCCAGCCCCUGGGGAGAAGCCUCUCUACACUGGCACAUUUGACUGUGCCAAGCAGACAGUUGCCAAAGAAGGCUUUAAGGGUCUCUACAAAGGCAUGGCGGCGCCGCUGGUGGGCGUCACACCCAUGUUCGCCGUCUGCUUCCUCGGAAACAGCAUCGGCAAGCGGCUGCAGCAGAAGAGCCCGGACCAGGAGCUGACCGUGCUGCAGCUCUUCAACGCCGGCAUGGUGGCCGGCGUCUUCACCACCGGCAUCAUGGCGCCCGGAGAGCGCAUCAAGUGCCUCCUCCAGAUCCAGGCGGCUGGCACCGGGCCGGCCAAGUACGCGGGUCCCCUGGACUGUGCCAAGCAGCUGUUCCGCGAGGGCGGCAUCCGCAGCAUCUACAAGGGCACCUGCGCCACCCUUCUCAGAGAUGUGCCGGCCUCGGGCAUGUAUUUCGGCUCGUACGAGGUGCUGCAGCGGCUGCUGACGCCUGCCAACCAGUCGCGCUCGGACCUGGGUCCGAUGCGCACCCUGCUCGCCGGCGGCGUGGCCGGCAUGCUCAACUGGGCGGUGGCCAUCGCGCCCGACGUGCUCAAGAGCCGCCUUCAGACCGCCCCGGAGGGCGCCUACCCGCGCGGCAUCCGGGACGUGUUCAUCGAACUGAUGCGCAAGGAGGGGCCAAGCGCGCUGUUCCGCGGCCUCACGCCGGUCAUGCUGCGCGCGUUCCCGGCCAACGCCGCCUGCUUCCUGGGCUACGAGGUGGCGCUGAAGGGCCUGAACGCGGUGCUGCCCGGGCUGUGAGCGGCGCCCGCCGGCCGGCCGGACUGGUCUGUAGUACCGAGCUGAGGCUGGCCGCCGCAGCCGGCCGAGCUGUGAGUGUUCCCCGAGCUGUACCCGCCGGGUGGUGACCUCCCAGAGGUGCCCGGGCCGGCCGGGGCUCCGUCCGCCGGGCACGGGACCCCUCUCCGAGGGGACUGAACGAGCUGGCCCCGGGUCCGGUGUCGGUGUGGGCCGGUGGAUGGAUGGAUGAUGUAGCCGGAAUGGUUAUUCUACUCCUAGUUUUAGACGGCCUUAGAGGGUUGUGUACCCUCUGUAUGAAAAGUUCAGGCCUUUAUUGGCAGAUUGACUAAUUUGCUGGUCAUCUCUGGCUCCUUAAUCGUUUGUAAAAUGGUCGGGAUGAUCCGGGACACCGUUGAAUAUUGCAGUUAAGUACGCUUCUCCUCUGUUGCGAACAUUUUCAUUUAGCUUGCUUGCUACGCAUCUACCCAAUAUGCUAAAUGACGGAAAUGUCGAAGCGUCCUAAGUUUGUGGCUCGCCAGUAGCCGAUUCGUCAGCCCUGGGCUCGUUUUAUGUUUCUGUAACCGUUGGCCGCUACCAGGGUAACAAAACGUUCACCAUGCCCUACCUGUGAACAUAAGGCGGGUUUUGAGCCCGCAGCUGUGGCGAUUGGAGCAUGGUGUAUGUGUGACGGCGCGGUUGGCACCUCUGCACUGCACGCACUGUAUGCACUGCACGGCACCUCGCACAAUGUAACGCACUCGUCGGCCGCUGCCUUAGCUGUUCGGUCGCCACCCAGCCGUGGGGCCCGCGAUCGAACCAAUGCAAUGUUCGCUAGGAAAGAGGGUAGGUGGCUGUCAGAAGGGCUUUCUGCGCAAAUGUACUACGAAAUCUAUCGGAAGCGGCUGUGGCAUCGUUGCAAGACGAUUUAAUUCUCGUUUGCUAGAUAAGCGGCCAAUUUAUGCCCAAGCACGUGGCGAAAAAUUUCGUUGGGCCGUUCCUCAGUUGCAAUAUGUAUUAUUGGGAAAGUCUUGGUGAGCAAACAAGAACUGGCUCGUUAGAGGCACGACAAAAUAUCUGUAACUGAAGCGAUUGUUUUAUUAGUAGUCCGCCAUCAACUAAAGCGUCACUAGGCCUAUCCGAUAUACGGUGGUAGGAAACAUGCCUGUUUUUCCUUGACUUUACACAGAGAUUGUUAUUGUCAUUAUGCCAUAGAUUGACAUGGCAUUGGCCAGUGUCAACGUACCGCACUAUGUGCGACUUACAAGGUGCUGAUCCCAUCAAAAGUCGGCGGUUCAGGUGGAAAUGAUGUUUGUAUCAGUGUGCUAAGCGUGUAAUGCUACAUCCACAGAGCUUACUCACGUGCUAUGUUAUAGAUCCUUGUACCGCCUACUUUUAAAUAAGCGCCGGCCUCUCUAUCCCUGCCGGCGCUGGGCGCCGCGCGGUGGCGGCAGCACGGUAGUGCGCUGGCCGUCCCGGCUAUCUGUUCCUCUGGUCCCGUCUGUCUGUCCCUCGGGGCUGUGCCGUCUGGACGCGAGUACAGCCAUCUGUCGGGCCAUGUACAAACCACGGCCGACCCAGGGGCGGCGGGCGACUGCUCGCCGGCCCCCGCCCCCGGGACCCGGCCCCAAACAAUGCAAUGCGGGGAUCGUGAGUGUCAGCCCGAGCGAGUGAGCGUCAGUGUACGUUUGAGGAGUGUUUGGGUGCUGGUGUCCAAUAUACAGGUAGCUGCACUUCCA